AUAAAUAAUCUGGCAUGCAUAGUUGCAAACCCACAAUCAAACCUAAACACUAAGACACCAAUCUCAAGAAAUAUAAAAGUAAAGAAAUUAUGGAAGAUGCGGUGAUAGUUGGUGCAGGAAUAGCAGGUCUAGCAACUGCAGUGGCGUUGAAGAGAGUAGGGAUUCGAGCUUUGGUUUUAGAGAGAUCAGAUACACUACGAACCACUGGUGCUGCCUUAACCCUCUUUCCGAAUGCUUGGCUAGCCCUUGAUGCUCUUGGCGUUUCUCAUAAACUCACUUCCCUUUAUUCUCCUAUUUCAGGGGGUUCUGUAACUAAAGUUGAUACUGGUGCUGUUCAAGAGAUCUCAUUCGCUGCAAAUAUUGAACCUAGAUCAGUCCAUCGCAGAGCUUUACUAGAGGCUCUGGCACAAGAAUUGCCACCUGAUUCGGUUAAAUUUUCUGCCAAGAUCACUACCAUUGAUGUGCAAGAACAAAAUGGUGCUUCUAGUGCGGUUGUAUGUUUAGAAGAUGGAACUACUAUCAAAUCAAAGGUUUUGAUAGGGUGUGAUGGGGUGCACUCUGUGGUUGCAAAGUGGCUAGGACUCUCAGAACCGAUUCAUUCGGGUAGGUCAGCUGUUCGUGGAUUGGCUGUUUACCCGCAAGGCCAUGGAUUUAAGCAAGAAGUUAAUCAAUUUGUGGAUGUAGGCAAAAGGGCUGGUUUUGUCCCUCUUAAUGACAAAGAGCUAUAUUGGUUCCUAAGUUGCAAUGAAGGAAAAGACGUGCCAAAGGACCCAGAAGUAAUUCAGAAGGAAAUCAUUGAAAAGUAUGCAGUAAAAUUUCCCUCACUAUACUUAGACGUGGUUCGACAUGCUGAUCUGUCAUCACUAACAUGGGCACCAUUGAUGCUGAGGAAUCCAUUGGAUAUGAUAUUUGGAAAUGUAAACAAAAGAAAUGUGACAGUAGCUGGUGAUGCAAUGCAUCCAAUGACAUCUGAUUUAGGACAGGGUGGGUGUUUAGCCUUAGAGGAUGCAGUUGUUUUGGGCCGACACAUUAGCAAUUCCUUUAUAAAAAAUGGAAGAUUGGUUCCAGAGGAAAUGGCUCGAGCCCUUGAUGCAUAUGGUAAGGAAAGAAGGUGGAGAGCAGCCUGGUUGAUAACAGGGUCAUAUUUAUCAGGAUGGUUUCAACAAGGAGGGUCUAAUUGGCUGAUGAAGUUCUUAAGGGAUGUAGUUUUCUAUGGUUUCCUCUUUCGUAAGCUUAGUAGUGCUGUACUUUAUGAUUGUGGGACACUGCCUGCCGCCUCUGGUGAUCAGCUGCAUUCCUCCAAUAAAACAGACUAGAUUUCUUUCAAGAAUUUGGGCUUGUCCUAGUAGCAUUAUUUACCUUUUUCUUGUGAUCAAUUUAAUCUCCUUCCUAUUAAUUACCCUUAGCCUGGGUUGGAGUGAGUUAUUUAUAAUUUAUGGGUUUUGUUAAAAUGAAUGGAUUACAAAAUUUUAUAUUUUUGUUAAA